AUGUUUGUUCCACGGUCUGUCAGAUCUAAAGGUGCCCCAUUCCAGAAAAAGUCUGAGCCUCCUGCGACGAAAACAAACUCAGGCAAUGAUUAUGGUGCAUCGGCGAAGAAUGAAACAUCGCGGAAGUCUGCCCCGACAGUCAAUGACCUCAAGAUACCAAAAGAUGCAACGAUAAACACCGAUAGCGAGAACCUGGAUACCUUGCUCUCCGGAAUAGAAUUAAUCUUCACUGAUUAUGCUCAGCAAGAUCCCGAAGGUAGCAAAUGGCUAUCGCAACACUAUAGAAGUGUAGGGAGCGAAGAGAACUAUAUCCACUUCUCUGCGAUACUUGAACACCCAAAUAUCUCCACUCUGAAGCCAGCACCUUCUCAGCUUUCCCUCCGGCAAGCGAUCGAAAGCGGACAAACGAAGACGCUCGAACUUGCCGCUGGCGGAUACCAUGUACGCCGCAAACCAUCUACAUAUCCUCUCUCACACAUACCACCAGGCGCAUCUUCGCUUUGUAACGAUGAUGGCGUGAAGUACUGGGACGAGCGAACGAUCUAUGUCGAGCCUCACUCGCGCCACUUUUGCAGGACCCCGGCUCGAGUCGCCUACUGGUUAAGUCACCACGGACAGUUACGGGAGAAAUGGCUUCCUAUACAAGCUGUUCUGCCUCUAUACAACAGUUGCGCAUUUGUUGUACUAAGUGGCAAUGUCACACAUGCCGAUAUGUUGCAGAAAUGGAUAGGUAAAGGCGUCCCGAAAGAUUGGAGGAUCCUCAGCAAGGCGGAGCAUUCGAAACGCACCGAGGAGUAUCUGGAAUUGUUGCAGAACCGGAACUCAAAACACACCGGAGGUAACGCAAAGGUGGUUCAGGAUGAAGCAGCUACAAGGGAACGUACACACAUGAAAUUCUCGGAUCAUCUAAAGUCAAAAGCAGAUUCGGGAGACAAGGAAAAGUACUCUGAACCAGAUCGGGAUUCAAAUGAUGUAGAUGAUGUAUCCCCAGUCAUUCCUCCCACGACUGAGAAGAAGAAACGGAAAAGAACCGCGAAGAAGAAGUCGUCGGCCAGUAAACCCGUGUCUGCGAAUGACUCUGAGCAAGGAGAAUCAUUAGCGACAAGCGCCGACCUAGAGACAGAUAAUCCAAAGUCGCUGCGAAAGCACAUUAAGCUCUCUCAUCAUAACGCACCGGAGCACAUAAGUGAGCCAAGUGCAAAGAGCGCAAAGGUCACGAAAUCAAAAGAGCAUGUUUUUCGCGGCAAGAAAAUGAAAUUCGAUGAUUGA